AUGUCAGAAGCUUAUUACAACGAACUAUGGCUCAUCACGAGAAACGACCUGGACAAGUUAUUGGAGCUCGAUCGAAGAGUACAACAGACGGUACAAACAAGAAUAAAGGAAAUGGGUUUGGAAAUAAUGCUCCCGACGUAUCUUAGGUAUCUUAAUCUGGUGAAGAGGCUCAUAGUUUGUCACGAUCAAAUGGUACAGACGCAGAAACGGGCCUUGAUAAAACGAGUUCUGGACUGUGCUGUCGGUCGAAUGCUCGAAUACAAACGACGGAUUGUUAAUCUGAACUUCACGGAUUACCAGUGGCCCGACAACUUCAUGAAUCAAUUGAAGUACGUGCCCGACGACGUGGAAAUCUCUGUGUCUGCGGCUGGCAAAGACGUGGUGCAACAGCGCAGAAAACGCAUCGAAGAGCUAAUAGAAAAUGCACACAAACGCAAGUUACUGAAACCGACAGAAGAGCCGAGCGAGCAAUUGUCCGUAUCAAGCGACGCCGAAAGUAUCAUCGAGUCUGAGAAAUCCAAAGGAAGCAUACCGAGACUGCGAAGACGGAGGGCCAAAGUGGAAAGCAAGAUUGACGAAAUUCCGGCAAUUCUUCAAGAAACACCAGAGCAAGUCGCAGCUCGGGAAGCUCGUAUCGCUGCCGAGCAAACUAUGCGCAAUGCAAUACUGCUGAUACAAACGCACGAAAGAGCGAGAAUCGGUCGUUCCACUGCGACUAAAUUGCAAAGGAUGAACGAGUAUAAGAGGAAACUAGAGACUGGGGAAAUAGUGCCAAGAAAGUUGAAGAGAUCUACGUUCGAAAACGCUGCUAAAACGAUACAGAGAGCCUGGAAGAGGCACGUCGCGAAGAAGAUGAGGAAGGAAAGAAUCGCAUGUAUGGAGGAAUUAUUAGGCAUGACGACACCCAGCUGGAAAUGCGAUAAAGUGUUUGUAAAAGAUAAAGAAAAUUUUCAAAAGAAGCUGGAAAUGAUGCCACCGUUUGCUGCUCGAAUCGAAAAGGCAACCAAGGAUGAACGAGCAAGAUUGUGGGAGAUCAGAGGACCCGGCUUAAUAAGGGACAUCACGGAAGAGAUUCGAGAAUGGUUCAUAAUCUGGUACAACGAGACAGGUCACUUUGGCGUCUAUCCAGCAGCAAAUUUAGGUGGUAGCAUUUUGAUCGCUACUGGACAAUCGCAAACGCCCCAGGAGUAUCUGAUAGAGAAAACGGCGAAGAAAGGCGACAAAGAGCAACCAGCGAAAAAGAAAGCGGACGAGAAGAGGAAAAGGGUACCUUGGAUGUCUGCCACAGAGGCGUUUAACCUUCUCGAUACCGCUAAUCAGGAUUUCAUUAGCAACUGGAGCUUUCGCGACGAAUCGGACGACUCACUGUUGAAGAUCUACGGUGAGCUGAUCACAAACGAUCUUUGUUACGAGCUUCAAUUGGAGAUGAGAAAAGUAGUCGACGAAUUGAUGAGGCUCGAACUACAAACGUUGAACCAGGCGUUAAGGAAAGACUAUAGAACCGAUGGUAGACACCUCGAUGUACCGAAACAGAAGGGUAAACGAGGUCGGAAGAAGAAGAGAAAGAAGAAUGCGCUGGACGGCGUCCCCGUGGAAGAUGUUUUCAACGAAUUGGCGCGGGCCAAUAUUAUUAGAAACUAUCCGUUUACAUCUCUGAACGACUGGGUGGGAGAUCUCUCGUAUCAGAACUACGAGGCGGACCGCGAGUUUCGGGACUACAAGCAUCGGUUGGGUGAGAUCAGACAAGUGGUCAUGGAGAAUUGCGUGCUCCCCCUCAGCACGAAAGAGAUUCAUCAGAUCGCACCCUUGAUACGGUCAGUUUGCAUUUGCGGCCUCGCGCGAUAUGGAAAGAGCUUUCUGGUGAACGCAAUUUGCUCCGAAGUCGGCGCAUUAUUGUUUGACAUGACGCCAACCGUGCUGGUAGACAAGUACGUUGGACGAAGAAACGAACAGAAGUUGAUCAACAUGAUCUCGAAAGUGGCCCGGGAAUAUGCACCCUCUGUGAUUUUCAUCGAUAAUGGUGAAAAACCUUGGUGGAAGAAAGUACCUCCGGAGGAGAGGCACUAUAAGCCAAAACGAUUUGCGCGGUAUUAUUUGAGGCUGGUAAAGAGCAUCAAGCGCGGCGAUCAGAUCCUAUUUCUCACGACCUCCUCGGAGCCAUAUAAAGCAACAAGACCCUUCAUCAGGAUCCACGACAAGUUCAUAAUGAUUCCUCUCACGGACUACAACACGUUGUACAUGUUUUACAAAGAUCUGCUGAUGAAGUACCACGGGGUUCAUCGCGAUAUCGACAUCUCCAGCCUGGCUAAAAUGUCCGAGGGCAUUCCGUUGGAGUUCAUCAGAAACGCAAUUGAGAACAUUCUGAAUAUUCGACGAAGGAUCAGGCUGAGGUUCGACCCAUUGACCCUGCCGGAAAUCAUGGAAGAAGUGUGGAAAUACGCGGGUGCUUCGAAGAAGUCGCUGGGACAGUUCGUGAAAUUUGAGACUCGAAUUCCGCUGAAUCGAAGAAGAAUCGCGAUGCUGAGGAUCGAGCAAACGAGAGCCAGAACGCAAAAGCUGAGAAAACGUUGA